UGCGCCAAAGCGUUCCGUGUGUGCAGCUGCUGGGAACCACGUGGGGCCGGGUUGCGUUUCCGGUGCCGGCUACUGCUGCGGUAGUUAAAGCCCAAGCGGCUGCAGGGGACCAUGGCCAACAAUGAGCGCACCUUCAUUGCCAUCAAGCCUGAUGGGGUCCAGAGGGGUCUUGUGGGAGAGAUCAUCAAGCGUUUUGAGCAGAAGGGAUUCCGUCUUGUUAGUAUGAAAUUAAUGCAGGCUUCUGAAGACCUUCUCAAGGAACACUACAUCGACCUAAAGGACCGUCCUUUCUUCUCUGGCCUGGUGAAGUACAUGCACUCGGGGCCAGUGGUUGCCAUGGUCUGGGAGGGACUAAAUGUGGUGAAGACAGGCCGAGUGAUGCUCGGGGAGACCAAUCCUGCUGAUUCCAAACCUGGGACCAUCCGUGGGGACUUUUGCAUCCAAGUUGGCAGGAACAUUAUCCACGGCAGCGAUUCUGUGGAGAGUGCAGAGAAGGAGAUCAGCUUGUGGUUUCAACCUGAGGAACUGGUGGAUUACAAGAGUUGUGCACAGGACUGGAUCUACGAGUGACAGGAGGGCAAGCCACCAUGCUUUGCUUGUCUACUUCCCGCCAUUCCCAUGGGCAGGGGACCAGACUAUAGCAAAUCUAGUUAUUUCUGGAAUAAAUAAGAGUUUCUUCAAGGGAACUCUUGAGCUGUGAGUACUCCCUGUACAGUGUUAUGUGCUACCAUCAGAUUAAAGUGUUUCAUCUCAACAUAA